UGGUGCUUUCAUAUAUGUGUUGUUUCAGAGAAUUGCACUAUACAGACCAUGCCAAGAACGCUCUCCUUUCUGCAUGCUGCCUGUAGGGGGAUGUCCAGCUCAAUUUAUCAGACGUCGUAUAUAGGGUGCUGGCGACCUCAUACCUGAAGGCUCACUACAACACCACGACUAAAAGGCGAGAAGAUUGCGUUGAACUGAAACUCUCAAGAUGCUGUGCAAAACUACGCUCCUAAACGCGCUCGUCAGCGUCGCAUCCGCAGGCACCAUCCUCUGGGACGGCCGCUUCAACGAGUUCACAUCGUCGGCGGACCUCAACAACUGGUCCUGGGCCAACCAAGUCGGGCCCUACCAAUACUACAUUCAUGGCUCCGGCCCCGUGACUUCCUACGUGAACCUGUCCCCUUCGUUCAAGAAUUCCGGCGACACAAACUCCAAACAGGGCGCCAAAAUAACAAUCGACAGUACUGCAAAAUGGAAUUCUGAUAUGUGGCGCACGGAGCUGAUUCCUCAGACCAAGGCUGCAAUUAACCAGGGCACCGUGUACUACCACUUCAGUAUUAAGAGGAGCACCACCAAUGUGCCCAGCGCGACAAAUGAGCACCAGAUCGCGUUCUUCGAGAGCCACUUCACGGAGCUGAAGUACGGCUGGAUCAGCGGUGAGCAGGGCGUGUCGAACACGAACUUGCAGUGGAUGGUGGGUGGGCAGAGCAAAUGGAAGGUCGACCUCAAGGCCGACGAGUGGCACAACGUCGUGUACGAGAUUAACUUCUCAUCGCAGCAGGUCACCUUCUGGCAUUCGACAGGCAACAACACGCUUGUCAAGACUGCGGGCCCCUUUGCAGCGAGCACGUCGAGCAACGGUGCGGACUGGCAUCUUGGUGUCCUCAGGUUGCCCCGCCAGGGCAAUGACGGGACUACUGCUGAGGACUGGUACUUCAGUGGUGUGUAUGUUGAGAGUGGGUCGCUUACUACUUCUGUUGUCAGCCCGAAGUGAGUGAGUAUGGGAUGACGGAGGGAGACACGGUGGCUGAAAUGAUCUCUUUAACUGUAUAUACCUGAC